UCUUUAACUCCCAAGCUCGCACCCCAACAAGGCCUCUCUUUGAUCGUCAUAUAGCUUUGUCUCAGUCUCUCAGCCCUCCGCCUUCCACUACACUGACUCCCGCACUUUGCUUCUCCAGGUGGUUAGAUUGAUAUCUUCUUAGAUAGAAGAUAAGGGGCAGGGGCUUUGGGGAAGUCCAUCAUGUUCCGAUCCCCAAGCAGAAACAACAGAUCCAAACGUGUCAAGAUAAAGCAUGUUCUACAAAUUUGUCUAUUGCUUGGUGUGUGCUUCUGGUUAAUCUACCAAGUCAAGCACUCACAUGAUAAAAAGAAGGAAUUUGACCAGAAAGAUGGAAAACUCUCAGUGAAGAGUGGUGAUGAGCUUAAAUUUGGGAGGAAAGAUCUUCAUCCUCGUACAGAAGGAGUAACUAAGAAUGAGAAGCAUGAGGAACAAGAGAUAGAAGAAACUGGAGUAGAGGAAGAAGAAAAUAAGCAUGACGAAGAAGAGCCAGAAGAAGAAAACAAGCAUGAUGAAGAAGAGCCAGAAGAAGAAACAAAGCAUGAUGAAGAAGAGCCAGAAGAAGAAAACAAGCCUGAAGUAACAGAGCAAGAGGAAGAAGAAAAUAAGGGUGAAGAGACAGAAGAUGAGGAGAGAGGAGGUGGAGACGAUGAGAUAGAUGAAAAUGAUCAAGAGAAAUUAGAUGGGGAAGCUGAUCAUGAUGAGGGAUUUAUGGAUGAAGAGAAAGAGAGAGAGGAAGGUGAUGAGAAGGAGAGUGAGGAGAAACAAAGUCAAGCAGAAAAUGAGAAUUCUUCAGAGGAUCAGGAUCAUGAUGGAGACGAUCCGAACACUCAUGAGGCACGAGAGGAACAGUACAAGGGAGAUGAUGCUUCCAGUGCAGUGACCCAUGAUACCCAGACUAUCAUCUCCGAAAGUGAGAAAUUAAGUUCAGAAAACAAUAUUGAGCAACCAGAAAUGAAUAUCUUGGAACAGGAGAACAAAUCCAAUAAAACUCAAGAAAUUGGUAGUUAUGAAACAACUUCAGCGAUAAAGGUGGGAGAAGGUGAAAUGGCCAAGAACAACACUUCUUUAAUUUUGAUUUCUGUUGAAAACAAUUUUAAUGAUAGCUCUACCAACACCAUGGGUAGCUCAGAUACAAAUUCAACAAUGACUACACAAUCCAAUGUUCACCCUGAAGGAAGCAAUAACACAACACUGGUGAAUAUGGAACCAAGCAAUCCCUCAGCAGAAGUAAGUACUGAAGCCCUUGACAUAAAAGAAGUCAUUUCUGGUUCUUCCCAGCAGAAUGAAACAGUGACUCUAUCUGAUUCAGCUCAUGCUCAAAAUAUGAUGGCGAACGGUACAAAUGCUGGAAACAGCAUAAGUGCGCAAACCUUGGAAACAGAACAGACCAGUAACACUAGCGCAGUUUCCGAGAGCAAUCAAUCUGAUGUUAAUUCAACAAGUUCAAUUAAAUUUGAAAAAGAAGACGCAGCUGCUAGAGAGUCAUCUACUUUACAUAAUAAUUCUGAGCUUGCUGUAUCGGAAAAUAUCACAACUGAAGCAGAGGACGGCUCUCUCUCUUCAGAAUCAAAGGAGAAUAUUGAUGCUACUAAGGAUAAGAAGUUGGAGAGUGACAGUGAAUCAGAUGGAAACGAUGAAAGCUCAGAGAAUUUCCCUAGAGAUGAGUCUUUGGAUGCUUUUCAACAUGACCCAAUUGAUAUGUCUGAUUCCCACAUUGGUCUAGUUGAGAAAGAAGUUCGCACAGAUUUGGACACAUUGCCAGAUAUAAAAACAGAAGGGGAUAACAGCGACUACACUGCAGCAGAGUGAUUCAUGAUAAAUGCUUGUGUUCUUGUAAGUGCUUUAAACUUUCUUAUAUGUACUCUGUUUUCGUACAACUGUUAAGGUGAUUAGAGUGGUUUUCUUCACUGUUAGAAAUUGGUGUGUAGAGGAUCAACUUCGCGGGGAACAUGUAGGCUAUUAGAUGUAAUCAACAGCUCUUAACCUGUAUAAUUUAUUUCAACCUCCUACUUUA